CACUGAGCUGAUCCCACGUGUGACGAUCGCAUUCCCGGCUCGGUGAUAUUCUCCUAGCGGUGGCUCCGCUCUGCUGUCGCUCAGCCUGUGUGUGUGUUUGUUAGUGUCUGGCCGUGGUUGGGGUAGCAAUGGAGGGAGAUGGGAGCCAGGGCACGUCUCUAAGUGCCACUGAUUCGCAGCACGACCCGGGUAAAAUGUUUAUCGGUGGCCUCAGCUGGCAAACGUCACCAGACAGCCUCCGGGACUAUUUCGGUAAAUUCGGGGAAAUCAGGGAGUGCAUGGUGAUGAGAGACCCGACCACGAAACGCUCCAGAGGAUUUGGCUUCGUUACGUUUGCAGACGCCGCCAGUGUAGAUAAAGUCUUAGCUCAGCCUCAUCACGAAUUGGACUCAAAAACGAUUGACCCUAAAGUGGCCUUCCCUCGACGCACACAGCCCAAGAUGGUCACAAGAACAAAGAAAAUAUUUGUAGGUGGAUUAUCGGCAAACACGGUGGUGGAGGACGUCAAGCAGUACUUCGAGCACUUUGGCAAGGUAGAAGAUGCCAUGCUCAUGUUUGAUAAAACAACUAACAGACAUAGAGGAUUCGGGUUUGUGACCUUCGAGAGCGAAGACGUUGUGGAAAAAGUGUGCGAGAUUCAUUUUCAUGAGAUCAAUAACAAAAUGGUAGAAUGUAAGAAGGCCCAACCCAAGGAGGUGAUGUUUCCGGCGGGGACGCGAGCCCGGGGCCGGGGCUUAGCCUACACCAUGGAUGCCUUCAUGCUUGGGAUGGGCAUGCUCAGUUACCCGAACAUCGUCGCAACCUACGGCCGAGGAUACACUGGAUUCACCCCCAGCUACAGCUAUCAGUUCCCCGGGUUCCCGGCGACGGCAUACAGCCCCGUGGCGGCAGCGGUGGCAGCGGCACGCGGCUCAGGUACCAGCCCAGCGCGACCCACUGGUUUCCAUGGUGACAGCAGCCCGGGGUCCGUGGUCGACCUGUACGGACCUGGUAGCCAGGACUCCGGCGUGGGCAAUUACAUCAGCGCCACCAGCCCCCAACCGGGGAGCGGCUUUGGGCACGGCAUUGCUGAGACCCUGCCGGGAGGGGCCAAAGAAGAAGGCCUGAAGUUUCUAAUCGGUUCUGUGUACAGGUGAAGUCAUCAUCAUCCCAGCACUACAGUAAUCCCACCCCCCACCCCCCACCCCAAGCCACCCGAAGUGGAGCGUUGCUCAAGGGUGGUACCACAAUCCUCAAACCGUCAUGAAAAAGCAAAGCCUUCAGCUCUGCAGUCUGAGUGACCACAGUGACACGCAGGGCCGGCUGCCCACUUCCCGCAUCUCUCCGACUGCCCCACGCAGCUAGGGGGGCGACGUUCCCCAUCUGACCGGCUUGCUCAUGCUGUACGUGCUGUGCAUUCGUUUUAUCUUGCGUUAUGCUGUCGUUUAUCUCUGUACUACUUUCUCUGCUGGGUGCUGAAUACGUUUGCUGAGCGUUACUAUUACUUUAACUCUGGUAUCAGGCGGGAUGGGACACGAGUGGGGGGGGGGGGGGGGGUAGGGAGAUUUUACUUCAUAUAAAAGCUGAGAGCAACUGACUGUAAGCAAAUGUUAUGAACUGUUUUAUUUUUGUGAUGUCUUGAUGUUAACCAUAAUUAACUAUUUUGGGCAAUAAGAAGAGGACAAUAAUAUUUUUACUGUCCUUUUUUAUAAGUGUUAUUUAGACAAAGAUUUACAGGUUUUAUUUUAUUUUAAUAAAUUGUGAACUCAACUUUACUCAAGUGGUAAAAAAAUAUAUAAACUGUAAAUAUCGUUCCAGUCUCUGCGUAUAACCGGUUCAGAAAAAAAAUAUACCUUAUUUUUUGGUAGGUGUGUCACAACAAAUAAAUAAAAGAAAUGAAAAAUGCUUUAAAAGUGAAAAUGCGCUCAGGCGGAUUGACAGGCCGUUAUCAUGGCGCGGCUUUGUGUGGGAGGGGCCGCUGGACCCCCCCCCCCCACGCCGGCUCGGACCCCCGGGACAGACCGAUGACGUCAUUACAAAUAGCUCUGCUCGUUAAUUUUGUUCCCCCCAUCUGGAAAUCAAGGUGUAGAUCUAGCGCUGUGGGCGCGACCGUUAGCCACCGGUUGUUGAUUUAGCAUUCAGCUCCAAAACAUAUGAAACUUUAAAGCACCGUCUGCUCCCCUUGUUUCCCUUUCCGUGCGAUCAGGAAGGGAAACGCAGCCGAGCGUAACCGAGGUCCGGUUUAACCUCAGAGGCUCACAGGUGUACCUCUUUUAUUUGAUGGUACAUAGACUAAAACAAGAAUAAUAGACCAGUAAAAAAAUCGCACUGUGACUGGUAGGAAAAGAGUGACCAUCUGAGAUUUGCACAUUUUCACCUUUGGCUGUUUUUAUAUUAUUAUUUAAAUUGUGUAAACCGGAUGGGGAGGG